AUGUUCGCCUUCCCUUUCUUGUAUGAUAUCAAUAGAACGGAGGAUACACCACGCUUCAGGAUCAUAGUUGGGUGCUUGAAAGGUGUCAUCGACCUUGAAUACCCAUCUUCUAAAGGACAAACACUACUCCUCUACACAUCCAUGGUGAACAGCAUCAUUCCCCUAAAGGCUAUCUCAACCCGUGUCAACGCCCGAGCAAUUGAUAUCUUCGGUCGAGGCGCAAUUCACUCUGCUCUGUACAUUGACGGCUCUGUUAUUCGCCCCAAUACAUGUCGGAGAUUUGAAUGCGGUUCUCGCCACCAGUGUAUCUGUCCAUGUAAGCCGCAUCCCCACGAUGAACACUACGGGACGUCGUUCUGCCAGGGCGCCCACAGGGACAGCCUUGGCCUUGAACAGACUCUCGUGGUCUUACUCAACGCCAAAUGCGCAAAUCUCCACGACAUGUACGGUCUCACGCCGAGCGACUACGCAAGAAUAAACGAGGAGGCCUGGAUGAUAUGGCAGUCGGCGCUCCAGGAGACGGGGUACGUCUAUGAUGAGGAGUCCGGCUUGUGCCACGAGACGUUUUUGGACAUGUUCUGA